UGGUUUACUGCAAAUAAAGAGCAUAAAGAUGCAAGAGAAUUAACAUACUAUGAAUUCCCAAGAAAGUGGCGCUGGGAUGGAGCACAGAAGCAAUGGAAAAAAAAGACAACAUGGUUUCAAAAUCGGAAGGCUCUAUUAUGUUAACCCAGCUGAAGGUGAAAGAUUCUAUUUAAGAAUGCUUCUAAUGAUUGUUAAAGGUGCUAAAAGCUAUGAAGAAAUACGAACAUAUAAUGGUGUCCUGUACCAAACAUUUAAAGAGGCUUGUGCAGCUAGAGGAUUAUUGGAUGAUGACAAGGAGUGGUAUCAUACAUAUCAUGAAGCAACCAAUUGGGCAACAUCUUUUCAACUACGUAAUCUAUUUGUUAUAAUGCUAACAUAUUGUCAAAUAAAAGAUGAAAAAGAAUUUUUCAAUGCAACAUGGCAUACAAUGGUCGAUGACAUACCGAAAAACCUCAUUCAAAAAUACCACCCUAUUAAAUAUGCACCCUCUGAAUUUGAACUGCAGCAAUGUUUACUUGAAGAACUCGAAGAGUUAUUCUCUAAGAAUGGCCAAGAAAUAAAUGCUUACAAUUUACCCAAGGGACACAGCACAAAGAAAGUUGAUAACAUAAACAGACUAAUCCAAGAAGAAAUGAGCUAUGAUACAAAGUACUUAGAAGAAGAAGCAAACAAAUUAUAUGUACAACUAAACAAAGAUCAAAAUAAAGCUUUUCAUAGCAUUGUUAAUUCUGUGCUUGCAAGCAAUGGAAAUUUCUAUUUUGUCUCUGGACAUGGAGGAACUGGAAAAAUAUUUUUAUGGAAGGCGAUCGUAUCAUAUCUUAGAGCUAGAAAAAAGAUUGUUCUUACAAUUGCAUCAUCAGGAGUCGCUUCUUUGCUACUUCCAAAUGGACGAACAGCUCACUCAAGAUUUCGUAUACCAAUAGAUUUGGACCAAUUAUCAAUGUGCGACAUAAAAAGAGGAACAAACCUGGCAAAGCUUCUUAUUGAUACCGAUCUUAUUAUAUGGGAUGAAGCCCUAAUGACAAAUAAACAAUGCUUUGAAGCACUUGAUAGAUCCCUUAGAGAUAUAAUAGGAGAAACAAAUGAAAAGGCUUUGGACACACCUUUUGGAGGCAAAGUGGUGGUCCUAGGAGGAGAUCCAAAACAGAUACUACCUGUUAUAGAGAAUGGGACAAAAGAACAAAUAAUAAAUGCUUCUAUCAUUACUUCAUACCUUUGGAGCCAUGUAAAUAUUCUAUUUCUUUCUGAAAAUAUGCGAUUAAGAAAAAAUGACAUAUCAAAAGAAGACUAUGAAGAGCUCGUUUCAUUUAAUAAUUGGAUCCUUGCCAUUGGAAAUGGACUAUAUAACAAAAACAAUGACAAUGCAUCUGACUCCACAGUCAUUGAAAUUCCAAAAGAAUUUUUAAUACAAGCAAAAGAGAUCAAAAUUCAAGCAUUGGUUGAAUCAACUUAUCCUGACCUGCAAACUAAGUACACUGAUCCUGAUUAUAUCAAGAAAAGAGCUAUAUUAGCAACUACAAAUGAUGUUGAUGAAAUAAAUGAUUAUAUCAUCUCUCUACUACCUGCACUAGAGAGAAUAUUAUAG